AUGAGGUCCCUAAUGGCAACUGCUUCUCUCAUUCUUGCAUUAGCCAUACUCUUUCUCACUUUCCCAUCUGAAAUUUCAGCAAACCACUAUUCUCACUCCUCACCACCACCACCGCCACCGAAGGAUCCAUACCAUUACUCUUCUCCUCCACCUCCAUCAGUUCACACCUACCCUCAUCCACACCCAGUCUACCACUCUCCACCGCCACCAGUUCACACCUACCCUCACCCACACCCAGUCUACCACUCUCCACCACCGCCGACAGUUAACACUUACCCACACCCAGUGUACCACUCUCCUCCACCACCAACACCACACAAGAAACCUUACAAGUAUCCAUCUCCCCCACCACCACCAGUGCAUACCUACCCUCACCCACACCCAAUCUACCACUCUCCACCACCACCAACACCACACAAGAAGCCAUACAAGUACCCAUCUCCCCCACCACCACCAAUGCACACCUACCCUCCCCAUGCUCCCCACCCAGUUUACAAUUCUCUUCCUCCUCCAGUCUCUUCCCCACCUCCACCACACCAUUACUACAAAUCACCUCCUCCACCUUACCAUCACUAG